AUGGAUUCUCUACCUUCUCAACUCUCUUCCCUCAAAUUAGCACCCGGUGUUCAGAGAUACUCUCUCGGAGAUUGGAAGCUUCAAUCUGGCCAAGAAAUUCCUGAUGCUCAUAUUGCAUUCAAGACAUUUGGAGACCCAAGUUCCCCUGCUAUUAUCUAUCCUUCUUGGUUUUCUGGAGCAAUCGCGGACAACGAAUGGCUCAUCGGAGAAGACCAAGUAUUGAAUCCCAAGAAAUACUUCAUAAUCAUCACCGCACUUUUCGGAAACGGAGAAUCAACCUCUCCAUCCAAUUCCUCCAUCUCUCCUUUCCCAAAAGUAACCUUCUAUGACAACGUCCGCGCUCAACAUACCCUCGUGACCUCCCAUCUUCAAAUCAGCCAUGCGCGCGCUGUGAUCGGUUGGUCUAUGGGCGCAGGUCAAACUUAUCAAUGGGCCACCAUGUAUCCCACAUUCAUGGAUAUCUGUAUCCCGUUUUGCGGAUCUGCAAAAACAGCUCUUCAUAAUCAGGUCUUUUUGGAAGGUGUUAAAUCUGCAUUGUUAGCUGCUAAGAGUCUUUCGAGUGCGGGAUCCAAGGAAGGUGUUGUUGUGAAAGGAGACCGAGACGAAGUGAGGGUUUGGAGUCAAGAGGAAAAGGAGGUGGGAUUGAAGGCCUUUGGUAGGGGGUAUGCUGGAUGGGGAUUCAGUCAGGCUUUCUAUAGAAAGGAACUUUUCAAGACCAUUCUAGGAUUCAAAGAUCUCGAAGAUUUCAUGCAAAAUUUCUGGGAGAAGUGGGCCCUUUCGAAAGAUCCAGAAAACCUCCUAACAAUGCUCCACACCUGGGCCGCGGGCGACGUCUCCAACCAAUCUCCCUAUCAUGGAGAUUUCGCCGCUGCAAUGGGAGCUAUCAAAGCCCAGAUGCUUGUUCUACCCGGAAAAACUGAUCUGUAUUUUCCACCCGAAGACUCCGAAAUAGAAGUCUCCCUCAUGCGCCCCGGCAUCGGCAAACUCGAUGUUUUCCCUAGCAUAUGGGGACAUUGGGCUGGAGGGCCAGGUGAUUCAAAGGAAGAUGUCAAAUGGCUCAAUGAGAGGUUGGUUGAAAUCGGUUUGUGA